AUUAAAAAUUGUUGACUAGUUAGAGAUGAAUAGCAGGCUGAAUUUUAGGCAUCUUGUUGAUAUUUUUUUUUAAUGUAUUCUUGAAAAAAAAUACGUUUUGGAGAUGUUAACAAAACUUAAUGCGCAAUAAAUAAAUAAAAGKCCUUCUUGUGUUUACAACUCUUGUUCAGAUUUGUGGUAGCUGUGGAGWGAUACUUACUGUGAUURAACUUCUUGGAAAAACCUUCUAAUAAGUACUGCUUUAUUUCUUGCAGAACUUAUGGGRAAAAGGCUUGCUCUUUUAUGAAAUAUUUACCACGCRCUGAGAAACAAGUCAGUAAAGCURCCCAAAAGCUCCUGUCUUGAGAAAUGCCAGCAGAGAGUCCAGAGGAACCAAGAGAAAAUGUGGCGCCCACAGAGGUUCCUGAUGCAGAAGGAAAGGAGAAACCCGAUGGUGGUCCAGUAGAGAGCCAGGAGGCAGUCUCGGCCGAGGCACAGAGUCUUGAAACCAUGUCCAAGAGGCAAAGGAAGAAGCUGUUGAAACAGCAACAGUGGGAAGAGCAGAAAGAUCUACGCAGGCAGAAACGAAAAGAAAAACGUCAGAAGAGAAAGCUGGAGCGUCAGUCAAAACUGGACCCCRGUAAUGAAGGGAAUGACAGAAAGCGUAUGCGCAAGGAGGUGCUUCCUAGUCCACUUCGCCUCAUCGUGGACUGCAGCUUUGAUGACUUGAUGGUGCUAAAGGAUGUUAAGAAGCUUCACAAGCAAAUUCAGAGGUGUUACGCAGAGAACCGCAAAGCGUUCCAUCCUGUGCAGUUUUACUUGACGAGUCAUGGGGGACAGUUGAAGAACAACAUGAAUGAAAAUGACAAAGGAUGGGUGAACUGGAAGGAUAUCCAAAUUCGAACAGAGCACUACAGUGAGCUAAUAAAGAAAGAAGACCUAGUGUAUCUCACCUCAGAUUCCCCAGACGUGCUUAGUGAGCUUGAUGAGAAGAAAGCCUAUGUGAUAGGAGGCCUGGUGGAUCACAAUCAUCACAAGGGAAUUACUUACAGAAAAGCAGUAGAGUUAGGAAUUGCUCAUGCACAACUCCCUCUUGGAAACUUUGUGAAAAUGAACAGUCGGAAAGUGCUAGCGGUCAAUCAUGGUAAGUCUUACAUCACGGAACAACAGUAUUAUAGAAUACACCUGCAGUAGUAAACGUGGCACCCUCGAAAUGGCCGUGACAGUGCAGAUACCUUUUAAGAUGUGAUUCUUUUUU